AUGGGCAGAAGAUACAGCAGAAGCCCGUCUCCAAGGGGUUAUAGUAGGAGAUACAGAAGCCCGUCUCCGAGGGGCUAUAGUAGGAGGUACAGAAGCCCAAGCCCAAGCCCGAGGGGCCGAUAUAGAAGUCGUGGGAGAGACCUUCCGACCAGCUUGUUGGUUCGUAAUCUUCACCUUGAUUGCAGGGUUGAAGAUCUUCGUGGACCAUUUGGUGAGUUUGGUGAACUCAAGGACGUCUACCUACCGCGUGACUACUACACAGGGGAGCCUCGUGGCUUUGGUUUUGUGCAAUAUGUUGACCCUGAUGAUGCUGCUGAGGCAAAGUAUCAGAUGAAUGGUCAGAUUCUUCUGGGACGAGAGUUGACUGUUGUAUUUGCCGAGGAGAACAGAAAGAAACCUUCAGAGAUGAGGGCACGAGAACGUAUAAGAAGGAGGUCGUCUCCAAUUGGUCGCUCUCGUUCACCUCGUUAUGGACGUUCGUAUUCUCGUUCACCACGCUAUGGCCGAACUUACUCACGAAGCCCUAGUUAUUGUUCUCCCUCUCCUAGGAGAAGACGUUACUCAAGAUCUGUUUCACCUCGAGAUGGGAGGUACAGAGAGAGGUCUUACUCAAGGUCAUCGUAUGGGUCAAGGAGCCGAAGCCGAAGUCGAAGCCCAAUCAGGAGCUAUAGCCAAAGCCCUGAAGGCUAUUGA